UUCAGUUGCCUCCCUGUCAGUCACUAGUGGAACACAGUUCUUUAGCUACCCAAACCAACUCUCCGAUUAGAUUCGGCGAUCCCUCUUCCCCCCUCUCUUCGCUGCGGCACCCCCGGGAAUCCUCCGAUCCAAUCCGGAGCACGCCACCGCCGCCGCCGCUGCCAUACGGCAGCCAUGGCGGAGCCGCUCUCCUCCUCUUCCCAGGGUUCAUCGGUUCCCUAUUGCUAGCUGACGGACAAGAGGGCGUUCUUUUUGUGUGUAUAUAAUUCAAUGAUGUUUUGGCCAACGAAAAGAAGGGGAAGAAAAGGAGAAGAAGAUUAUGUUACUCCGAUAUAAUAAUUAAGGGCCUCUCGUUGUUUUAACUUUUAAAAUUUGGCUUAUAUGCAUAAGCAUAAGCGAAACAAUGGGGCUCUAACUCUAUUAUAUGGUUUCUAAACAGCUGCUCAGGAAGAAAGGGUAGUGGUAACGAAUAAACAUGGAGAGAAACUCGUUGGGUUGCUGCAGCACAUGGGUUCCAACAAGAUUGUAGUGAUCUGCCAUGGCUUUACAGCUUCCAAGAAUGAUAGCAUCAUUGUUGAUCUAGCGAAUGCACUUACCAAGAAAGGGGUUGGAAUCUUCCGCUUCGAUUUCAGUGGAAAUGGAGAAAGUGAAGGGGAAUUCCAGUACGGGAACUACAGAAAGGAGGCUGAUGACUUGCAUUCUGUUAUUUCACAUCUUAAUCAGGAGAAAUAUGAUGUGAAAGCAAUUGUUGGUCACAGCAAAGGAGGAGAUGUGGUGGUUCUGUAUGCCUCUAUCUAUGACGAUGUGCGCACAGUGGUUAAUCUCUCUGGUCGAUUUCAUUUGGAGAAAGGCAUUGAAGAACGGCUAGGCAAAGAGUUUAUGAAUAUAAUUGACAAAGAGGGUUACAUUGAUGUCAAAACCAACUCAGGAAAGGUUUUAUAUAAGGUAACAAAAGAGAGUUUGAUGGAACGAUUGACCACUGAUAUGCAUAAAGCAUGCCUUUCCAUCAGCAAAGAAUGCAGGUUUUUCACAGUUCACGGUUCAGCCGAUGAGAUCAUUCCUGUGGAAGAUGCAUACGAAUUCGCGAAGCAUAUACCGAACCACAAGCUACAUGUCAUCGAGGGAGCAAAUCACUGCUACACUGCUCACCGUAAAGAGCUUUCUGAUGCCGUGGUGGAUUUCAUUACAUCCAGUGAGGAUGGGGAUAACUCGUCGGCAUAAGAUGAAUUGAGUUGUGAUGGGUUGUUUCUGUACACUUAUAGACCAUUUAUAAGCUUGUUGAAGUUGCCAUAUUAUCCCCAUCUGAAGAAUCCUGGAUGUUGGCCAUUGUGAUGUGUGCAUUCAGUAUUUCAGUAUUGUUUCUGAUUUAUUGGUUUGGAACUGAAAUUCUGAAACUGUACCAUAUUUGAAUAAGCAAUAAAGCGUCGCAAUAAAUCUUUUCAACGAAACAA